AUGUUUGGUGGCGGGAAUUGGAGUGGCUUUGGGGAUUACUUGGGGGCAAAGACUCGCAAAGUUCAGCAGCAACUUCAGAACUCCCUAGCUUCAGAGCGCGUACGCGAAAGCAGCAGCAGCAGCAGCAGCAGGGAGCUGCGUUGGUGGAACAGAUAUGUGCAGCAGCCCUCAUCUCUCUUUUCCUCCCUCACCUUUUACAUCGACGGCCUGCAACGCCUCCAGGGCUACGAGUUAAUCUCUACAGGCUACAGCGAGGCUCCUGAUGCAGGCAUAGGCCCCAGAGGCCCCUUAGGGGGGCCUGGGAGGGGCCCCCCAGGGGCCCCCACGACGAGCGCGGCUGGAAACUUCAGUGGGCCUUCUGCAAAAGGGAAGUUGGAAGGUUCGCCAUGGAGCUUCUCAGGCGUCUCAGCAGGGGGCCCCUCAAGGAACCCUUCAGGGGGCCCCUCAGGGGGCCUCCCAAAGGGCCCCUCAGGGGGCACCCCCGGGGGCCCCUCAGCGGGACCCUGCGUGGAUGAGUAUGUGGUAGACGCUGUGCAGCUGAAGAGGGUUUUGGUGGCUCACGGGGGAAGCAUUUCGAUCAUGAUGGGCAAAGGGGUCACUCACGUGUUGGUUGACAAUCUCGCGCUGGGCAACCAGAAGUGGAGAAAGCUGCGGGACAGAGGGGGCUGGGCGCGGAGUUACGUGGUGGUGCGCUGCUCGUGGGUCUUCUCUUGCAUUGCAGCAAAACGACUUUUGUCUCCUGCGCUCUUCAAGCCCACGGGCCUCCAGCUUGCAAACCAGCACUUGCUGCUGCAGGGCUGGGCUGUUGCUGCUGAAGGCCGCCAGCCACAGCAAGGGGUGGCCCCGGGCCAAGCAGCAGAGGUGCUGGGCCAGCCUGUGGGAUCUUCUACUGCUGCACUUGAUGAACAGGAGGCUCAGGGAAAGCCCGGAGUUGCUGCAGCAGCAAAACUGGGGCGGACUGGGGACUCCGGGAGAGUCAAUGAAACAGUUGUGGGAGGCCCCGCAAGUGCAGCAGCAGCAGCGGCAGCGGCAACAGCUGCCGCUGCUGCCACUGAAGGAGAUGGGGUGCUGCUCGAGCUUGAAUCCAGCAGCGACGAAGAGCAGCAGCAGCAGCAGCAGGAGCAAGGCCAACCCCAUCCAAAGAAGAUUCGAACUGAGGCUUCUUACUCUGUAGCCGAUGUGGCGGUUCCUGUUUCUGCUGCAGUAGAUCUUGCUGCUGCUGGAGGCGCCGUUGCCGCAGCUGGGGCUGCUGCUGCUGCACCGUUUGCUGGAGCAGCAGCUGCUUGCGCUGCUGUAGCUAUGCCAGGGCAAACAACUGCAAGCUCCCCAUUGGCUGCCGCAGCGCGACCUGCAGCAGCCGUAAAUGCUUCGGGAAAAGCAAAUACUUUGGCAGGAGCACACGUCAUUACAGCAGCAACAGUAACAGCGGCGCAAGAUGCAGCAGCAGCACAGGACACAGCAGCAAGCGCAUUACUGGCUUCAAGCGUAUUGCGCAUCCCCACAGCAGCUCCAGCAGCUCCAGCAGCAGCAGCUGCUGCAGGAGUUUCCCGAUCACUAGAAGAACCAACAGGGAUCGUCUCAUUGGCGGGAGAACACACAGCAGCAGGAAUGGCAGCAGCAGGAGCCACACAAACAGGAGCCGCAGCAGCAGGAGCCGCGGUUGCAGGAGCAGCAGCAGGAGCCGCUGCAGGCCUAUCAAGUGGUGAGGGGAAUAGAGGCGCCGUUGACUGCCGGCGGCCCGAUUUUGUCUCUUCGUUUUUUGAACAUUCUCGCCUCCACUUCAUUGGGGCCUGGCAGAACCGUUGUGCCUCCAUGCUGUCGCGUCUGCUGCACAGCAGCAGCAGCAGCAGUAGAGGGCCCCAGCUACAAGUUGUACCUCGGUGGGUAGACGCGUCAAUCACCAGCAAGGAGCUGGAGCCGCUGCUGCUCCCGCUGGGCUUGACACUGUCACAUGAAAGCGAUUUUGCUGGUGCUGCUGCUGCUGCCCACUCUCCGUUGCUUCUGCGUUCACCCAACGCAAGGGCAGCAGCAGCAGGAGGAGCAACAGCACUUCCUGGAGCAGCGGCAACGACGGCUGCAGCAGAAGGGAGGUGGAUUUUGCACGUCGAUUUCGAUGCUUUCUUUGUCUCCGUGGCCCUCCUUAAGCAUCCCCACCUGAAGGACAAACCGGUGGCAGUAUGUCACUCAAGAGGACAUCGAGCAUUUGCUGAGCCUACACCGGCGGCUGUAGCAGCAGCUACAGGGAAGGCGCCCGCAGCAGGCGCAGCAGCAGCAGCAGGUGGUCGUGGCAGGGGUACGUCGGAGAUAGCGAGUUGCAACUACAUCGCGCGGUCUCAAGGCGUGGAGAAGGGCAUGUGGCUGCGGCCGGCGCUAGAUCGCUGUCCUUCUUUGGUGCUUCUUCCUUAUGAUUUCGAAGGCAUAGAAAGAGCAAGUGAAGGCCUUUUUCAGGCAGCUCUGUCUUUGUCGCACAGAAUCGCGCCGCUUUCCUGCGAUGAGACUUUCAUUCAGAUUUGCUUUCCGCUGCUAACCCAAGCAGAAGGGGCCCUUGCCACUCAUCUUAAAAGCAGCAGCAGCAUUAGCUCACACCAGAAUGCCGCCAAUAGCAGCUCUAGCAACGAAACUACCGAUCACAGCUGCUGCAGGAGCAGCAACAGCGCAAGCAGUGGCAGCGACUACAACAAUAGUGGCAGGAGCAACAACGACAGUAGCAACAGAGUAGACGAAGCUGAGAUCGUGGCGGAUGUUUGCAUGUCGUUAAGAAAAGCCAUAAUUGGAAUCACUGGCUGCAAGGUUUCUGUGGGAGCUGGCUGCAAUUGUCUCCUGGCAAAACUGGCGACGGCUGCAGCAAAGCCUUCAGCGGAAGCUGCUGAUGCGUCAAAAGGUUCUAGUGCAGCACGAGCUGAAACGGCAGCAGUGAUUCAGCGGGAAGGUGUAUGCGUGGUGAAACCGGGAGCAGCAAGUGCAGCAGCAUUUGUGGGGCGGCUGUUGUUGCGCCAAGUGCCGGGCGUAGGGCCCACAGUGGCGUCAAAAGUUGCUGCUGCAGCACGAGCAGCAGGAGUAAAUGUCAAGACCUGCACUGACGUCCAGACACAGAGCAAGGACUCGCUGCAGCUGCUGCAGACUGCACUUGGUCGAAAGCGAGGGGCUCAGCUGUGGUGGCUCUGUCACGGAGUAGAUGUGCGACCGCCUCCUGCUGCUCUCCUUGCAAUUCCUGAGUUGGGUAAUUCUGCUGCUGGAGCGGGACCAAGUGCCGGGACCACAGCAGGAGCAUCAGCAGCCGGAGGCAGCGGCAUACCGGCAAGUGGGUCGCUAAGCAUUUCUGUGAACUGGGGGAUUCGUCUGCAACAAGAGGCAGAUGCACUGAGCCUUCUCAAGCAAAUGGCCCUUGAAGGCCACAAGCGACUCAAAGCAAACAGAUUAUACAGUGCCAAGAUUUCCGCUAAGGCAGGCCCCUCACCCCGAUUCCUUUCGUUUGAGCAAAGAUUUUCCCGAUUCUUGAUACUUUACCGACGGCCAGGGGCCCCCGUGAAUACGGUGAAGUUCUUGGGCUGUGGAAUAUGCGACUCGGCAAGGGGAUCGCGUGUCAUUGGCAGCAGGAGCAGCGGCAGCAGCAAAAGAACUAGGAGCGACGGGUUUGGGGUACAGUCGGCAGAAGACUUGUACACAGAGCUGGAGGCGCUGUGGAGAGAGAGUCUCAGCGAUGUGUGCCCACUGGAAGACUACCGCGGGAUUACGCUGCUGCUGCAGCAGCUGCGGACGGAGCAGCAGGAAGGAGCACUGAGGCAACAGCAGCAACACCUUCAGCGGAACCUCUUGAGCGUAGCCUUCUCAAGUAUCAACAGCAGCAGCCACGACCCCAGUAGCAGCAUUUGCAGCAGCAACUCAAGCAACGGCACUGGCAAGAGCAGUAGCAGCAACAGCAGCAAUACAUACAGCGGCACUGGCAAGAGUAACAGCAGCAACAGCAGCAGCAGCAGCACGCCAGAGCCAUGCUUCAUAGUCGUAGAUUCAGUGGAGCAGCCCGAAGAUGAGUCGCCUUCACAGAACCAGCCACCGCAGCAGGACCAGCAACAAUGUCCCAAGCAGAUGCAAAGGCACCAGGAAUGCCAGCAUCGAGACCUGGCGCCGAAAGAACAGGUGCAUCAGGAGGCCGCGGGUGGAUCCCUCACGAAGGCAGUUCCAACUGCGCCUUUUGAUGGCUGCUUCACUGUUGACAGCGGAAGCAGCAGUGACAGUGAAAAAGGCAGCAGCAGACAAGACGCAAGAACACCUGUGUUUGCGACCCUAUCUCGGACUGCGGCUGCCACAAAACCACAAAAUGCCCAGCAGUCCUCAGGAAACAGUUCAGCCACGGCCGACUCUGCAGCUGCAGUAGCUGCAGCUGCUGUGUCUGCUGCUAGUGGCCUCAAAACGCCAGCGCAAACCCCAAAGAGACCUCGUGGAAGCCUGGAAGCAGGUCAAUUACAGCAGAGCGCGCAGCAGCAACAGCAGUGGGGCGCACGCACACCUGACAGCCAGGCACCAACCCCCCGUUUGAAAACCACGAAAUUAAACAGGAGCCACCGCAUGCAAAGAGUAAAAACUCCAACAAGUGAGAGGAUCGGCGGCAGACACCUUCAAAGAAGCAAGAAGGCACUACUCGAAGCAACAGCAGCGACACCCAGAAUGUCAGGAGCAGCAGCAGCAGCAGCAGCACCUGUUGCUCCUGCAUCGCCUGCUGCUGGCGCUGGAAGGCCGCCCAUGUCAACCCAACGAAGCCUUGUAGAAUAUCUGCCGAACAGCGGCAAGGCCUCCCGGCGCGCUUCAAUAUGUGCUCAUCCGAAGCAGCAGCAGCAGCAGCAUGAGCAGCAGGAGCAGCAGCAGGAGCAGCAGGAGCAGCAGGAGCAGGGAGAGGAGCAGGAGCAACAGCAGCAGCAGGAGGCGCAGCAGCAGGAGCAGCAGCAGGAGGAGCAGCAGCAGGGGCAGCAGCAGGAGGAGCAGCAGCAGGAGGAGCAGCAGGAGCAGGAGCAGCAGCAGCAGCAUCAGCAGGAGCGGCAGCAGCAACCUGUCAGCAGCUCCGCAGCAAGGGCCCAGGCCCGUGACGCGGUUUCUGCUGCUGCUGUGAGUCGCGCAGCUAGCAGCGCUCUGCCGAGUGUCAUAUCUCUACUGACGCAGAAUCCAGACGGCUGCAGCAGCAGCGAAGGAAACAGCCCAGGCCACUCGAGCAGCAAGCUCGACCUAGCGAAAGAGCAGAAAGAAAAGCAGGACGGCGGCUGCUGCUGCGCUUCUCCUGGCAGCAGCAACUGUUGCUGCUCUCCUGAGGGAUGUGUUGCCCAAUGUAUAUCACUUGUAUGUCCUCCUAAUGGUCUUAAGCCCCGUCCGCCGCUGCCUUUCCGUAUCGCUGCUGCAGCUCAGCCAGUGAUGCAGCUUCUGCUGCAUCAUGCUGCUGCGAAGGGCGCCGCCGCUGCUCGCCGUCGAGGUACAACAGCCUUGGUCGUAGCUGCAGUAUCAGCGCGCAUCACUGCUGCUGCUACCAACAGCAGCAGCAACCCCGGUCCUGCAUGCACCCAACACACGCAGCAGUUGUCAGCUUCUGAUACAGCUGGGCCUACUGAUUCGCCUCCUCCUACACCAAGCGCUGCCUCAAACGCUCCAGCAGCUGCUGCUGCGGCCGCAGAAACUAAGCCGUUUUCGGCCAAACCAGCUGGCGCCGCCUCCAGCCCGGCGCAGGAGACCUCUUUAAGAGAAGAGGAUCCCGAGUGGGAGGCCUCUGCCAUUGAGGAAGAGUCGGAGGCCCGUGCGAAUGACGGGGACACGGAGCCGCCGGCCGGAGCAGAAGGGGCCUACUGGGAGUGUUUGGCUGAUGCCAUCGAGGGAUUUUCAGGAGCUCUUCUCCUGGCUUUUGAGCGAUUGGGGGCCGUAGGGGCUCAUGAAGAGAGGCAGCUGCUCUUCAGAGCGCUGCAGCGACUGCUGCAAACUCCGGAAGCGCGGGCUACUGUGGCUGGGGCUGCAGCAAAUGAUGCAGCAACUAGGCAAACUGGUAGAUGGAGGGUAGCCCCGCAGGGCCGUCCAUUUUCCGUUGGUUUGCUGUUGUUGAAACUGUUGGCCUGCCCAGCAGGCCGACUUGUGUGGCCUCUGCUGCUGCACCGUGCAAGAGAUAUAGUUUGUUUUUCGUGA